GCACACAUGGGAACAGAGACCAUGGAGUCCCCUUCUCUGCUUCUCUGCAAAGGGCUCCUGCUCACAGCCUCCCUCUUAACCUGCUGGAAUGCACUCGCCGCUGCUGAGCUCACUAUUGAGUUAGUGCCACCCAUGGUUGCAGAAGGCGGAAACUCCGUUCUGUUUGUGCACGAAAUGCCGCUGAAUGUCCAGGCGUUUUACUGGUACAAACAGAGAGGUCCGACCAAGAGCUAUGAAGUCGCGCGGUACUUAACACCCACUAACGAAAGUUCGAAGAUGCCUCAGCACAGUGGUAGGAAAACCGUAUUCUACAGUGGAUCCCUGCUGAUCAGAAAUGUCACCCAGGCCGACAGCGGAGUCUACACCUUACUAACAUUCAACACAGAAAUGGAAAGCGAAUUAACACACGUGCAUCUGGAAGUACGCGAGCCCGUGGCACAGCCCACCCUCCGAGCAGACAGUACCACAGUAACAGAAGAUGGUUCUGUGACCCUCAUGUGCCUCUCAGAAGACCCUGGACUCUCUAUUCGUUGGCUGUUCAAUCACCAGGGCCUGUAUUUCAAUGACAGGAUGACUCUGUCUCAGAAAAACAGCAGACUCAGCAUAGACCCAGCCAGGAGGGAGGAUUCUGGGGAGUAUCAGUGUGAGGUCUCCAAUGGGUACAGCUCUAAGAUGAGUCUCCCACUCCAAAUGUCUGUGACUAGUGAGUGACCUUGCCACUGGGGUGGGGGAUUCUUUGUCAAUGAUACU